AGAGGACGAUGUGGCCACGGGUUCCCCCCAGGUGGUCUUCGCCUUGGGUCCCAGCCGCCACCCCUCGACACCGCUCGCUCCAUCCCAUCGGGAGGAGUUGAUGCUGCCGUCGCCGCCGAAGCUGAUGGAUGCCGGGGAGUGCCGCAUUGCUUAGUGUCCCCGACUCUGGAGGUGCUGCUGGUAGGAGCCGGUUGCUCUUUCUUUUCUCGCGCUUUUGGGGUUGAUGGCAAAAAGCAGGGAUUCCUUCUCCCCGCCCCGGAGCGCAGCGCUGGAGAGCCUCCUUAUUAUUAAUCCAAUUCCCAUCGUUAUCCAAGGCAGGCGCAGCUUUCUGUCGGAUCCCGUGGACUCAGUCUCAGCACUGGGGCUGAGAUGUGCGUGGGGGUUGUUUUUAUUGCCGCUUGCAAGAGAAGAGGACAGUGCCAGGCUCGGCAUCACCCCUGCUGUCUGAGAGUCAGAGUGUUUUGUUAGGUGCCAGAAAGGACAAGAAGUGGAGAGACCUGGGCUGACCACAUCUUUCUAGAAGACCUGGCAGAGGGGAAUCCAAGGCAGUCGUUGGCUUGGAGGGGCCGGGGAAGAAGUUUAUCUCCUUCCUGGGAAAGCUGUUGGAAAACCAGAGCAACAGGGUGCUUGAUUGGACACAAAGACAAAUCAUUUCCUGUGAAGAGGAGGAAACCAGGCCAUAGCUGAGUCUUUGGAAGCCAGAGGGUGGGUGGUGGAGAUUUGCUGAUUGUGGGACAAUCAGCAGGACGAAGAGAAGGAAAGGCUUUGGAGUCAGCAGAACAAUGACUCAUUUACAGGCAGGUCUCUCUCCUGAGACCUUGGAGAAAGCUCGACUGGAACUCAAUGAGAACCCUGACACCUUACACCAGGACAUCCAGGAGGUGAGGGAUAUGGUCAUUACCAGGCCAGACAUUGGAUUUCUGCGCACGGAUGAUGCCUUCAUCUUACGUUUCUUGCGGGCCAGGAAGUUUCAUCACUUUGAGGCCUUUCGCCUCCUGGCACAAUACUUUGAGUACAGGCAGCAGAACCUAGAUAUGUUCAAAAGCUUCAAGGCCACUGACCCUGGCAUCAAGCAGGCACUAAAGGAUGGCUUCCCUGGAGGCUUGGCCAAUCUGGACCACUACGGAAGGAAGAUUCUAGUUCUUUUUGCUGCCAAUUGGGAUCAGAACAGGUACACAUUGGUGGAUAUUUUGCGUGCGAUCUUACUUUCUUUAGAAGCUAUGAUUGAAGAUCCAGAACUUCAAGUGAAUGGAUUUGUUUUGAUCAUAGAUUGGAGUAAUUUCACCUUUAAGCAAGCUUCUAAACUUACACCAAGCAUGCUACGAUUGGCUAUUGAAGGCCUUCAGGAUAGUUUUCCAGCAAGAUUUGGAGGAAUUCAUUUUGUUAACCAACCAUGGUAUAUACAUGCAUUAUAUACUGUGAUUCGGCCUUUCCUAAAGGAGAAGACUCGGAAAAGGAUAUUUUUGCAUGGUAACAACCUGAAUAGUCUGCACCAGCUAAUACAUCCUGAGAUCCUGCCCUCUGAGUUUGGGGGAAUGCUGCCUCCCUAUGACAUGGGAACAUGGGCAAGAACACUGCUAGACCACGAGUAUGAUGAUGACAGUGAAUACAACGUGGACUCCUACAGCAUGCCUGUCAAGGAAGUCGAAAAGGAACUCUCUCCCAAAUCCAUGAAGAGAUCCCAAUCAGUAGUGGAUCCUACUGUACUAAAACGCAUGGAUAAAAAUGAGGAAGAAAAUAUGCAACCAUUGCUCUCUCUGGAUUGAUAGCUUCUCUACACUCCCCAUUGAUUAGAAAGUCAAUACUAGGUAUCAGCAACAGGGACAGCACCGUGGAGGAAAUACCAGCUGGAAAUAUUUAUUCAAGUUAAUAUAGCAUAAAAUAUAAUAAGGUAUUAGGUUUCCCAUUCUCCUGAACCAUGGGUGCCUGAUCUGAAUUGAAAAAUAAAAAUUAUUCUGUAAGUGCCAAGUUCUUUGUAAAUAUAAUGUAAUCUUUACAUCUACUUUGUAAAUUUUGGUAGUAAUUUCACUUGGAAAAAACUGACAUAUGAGUCAUGCCAGUGAUAUGAACUGUAAUAAAAAAAUAAAAAAGACAAA